UCAGUGCCCAGCAGUGCCACCCACCAGUUCCUCCCACAAGUGCCCAGUAGUGCUGCCCACAAGUGCCCAGCAGUGCCACCCACCUGUGCCCAGCAGUGCCACCCACUUGUACACAGCAGUGCCACCCACCUGUGCCCAUCAGGGCCCACCAGUGUCACCCACCAGUGUCCAUCAGUGCAGCCCAGCAGUGAUGCCAGUCAGUGCCGCCCAGCAGUGCCACCAGUCAUCAGUGCCGCCUAUCAGUGCCGCCUAUCAGUACCCAUCAUCAGUGCCAGCUUAUGGGUGCCACCUAUCAGUGCAGUCUAUCAGUGCCGCUCAUCCGUGCCACCUCAU